UCUCAAUUGCUCCGACAACACAAUUCACUCACUGUUCGAAAUAUUGGAGCGCCGUUAACCUCAUGAAAUAGAGGGAAGACUUUCUCUCUCUUCUUUGCUUUUGCUCCACGACCAUCUCCAACGAUUCUCCCCUGCGCUCUCUCGGACUCUCACCGACAAACAUCCCCAACCCUUUCCCAGAUCCUUCCUCGUCCCCCGAGUACAGAAUGUCAAGCAUGACUCCGCCAGCCAUAAUAGCGCCCUCGAUACUGAGUGCAGACUUUGCCGUACUGGGCAGUGAGUGCUCCAAAACAAUGGGUCAGGGCUGUGACUGGCUCCAUGUCGACAUUGUACGUCUGCGUCCCAACAUACCUUCGUCCAAUAUUCAGCGACAGAAGAAAACGUCGGAGAAAAAGAGAGGAGUUAUAUCAGGAUUAGGAUUUAGCCGGGCACUUCCUACAGAAAAAAAAGACUCUAGAAAUACAGCUAACACCUUGUGUGUUAAUGCGCACUUGUAGAUGGACGGCCAUUUUGUCCCCAACAUCACAUUUGGUGCGCCGGUUGUCUCCAAGAUCAGACCCCAUGUGGAAAGACCACAGAAACCAGGCGGACGAGGCACAUUUGAUUGCCACAUGAUGAUUGCAGAGCCUCACCGCUGGGUCUCCACAUUCCGCGACGCCGGCUGCGACCUCUACUGCUUCCACUACGAAGCGGCCAUCACCUCCGUGGCAGCCACGAAACCUGAAGACAAGACCACGACCCGGCCCACAUCGCCGAAGGAACUGAUACGGUACAUCCACGAACUAGGCAUGCAGGCCGGCAUCGCGAUAAAACCCGAAACAAGCGUUGACGUGCUCUGGGAGAUAUUGGAGGCUGAGGAUAAAGAGGAAAGGCCGGAUAUGGUUCUCAUUAUGACCGUGCACCCCGGCUUCGGCGGCCAAAAAUUCAUGGCCUCGGAACUCCCCAAAGUGACGGCCGUGCGGCAACGAUACCCGGAUCUCAACGUCGAAGUCGACGGCGGCCUGUCCGAGUCGACGAUCGACCAGGCCGCCGAGGCUGGCGCCAAUGUCAUCGUAGCGGGCUCCGCAGUGUUUGGAGCCAAAGACCCAGGCCACGUUAUACAGGUGCUGAGGGAGGCCGUGGAGAGGAGGAGGGGAGUCGGCAGGUUAUGAUGGCAGUAAUGAUGAUGACAACGACUAUGAUCAAAAGUUGGGCGGGCACGGGAGCUUGAUCGAGCAAUGAAAGCACCAAGACGCAGAGGGAUAUCAUAGACGAACUUGCCUAGAAUGCCGAGCGGCCGCGAGAGGUCAGGCAUUGACUCUCCUCCUAGUGUAGAGGCAAAACAUACAUACACUGCACGCCAUGAUAUUCGGCAGUGCACAUUAACUAGGUUACAUUAGAUCACAUUGGAAAUCGAUAGAGUAGAU